GGGAUUCCUUCUAGUGCCGGAUACGAUCCCAUGUAUGUACCGACCUACCCUUCCCCCACGAAAUCGUCCCGCCCGCCCCUCCUCUCGCUCUCGCGGCCGACAACCUCCGGGCUCCGGCGAAGCCAAGGCCCUCUCCUGCUCCCCACCCCCCGCUCCGGGUUCGGCACGCACGCACGCGGCGGGCGAGCGGCGCGGGCUGCUGCGGCGAAGCGAAGGUCAGCGGAAUCGGCGGCGGCGCAUCCUGUACGAAGGUCAGGGGAAGAAGAAACAAGUCUUCUCGCAAUGGGUUUAAUCACUGGCAGCUUCAAAUUUUUAAUGGGAAUGGGAUGUGGUGUCUAUGUAGCUCAGAACUACAACGUUCCAAAUGUGAAGAAGCUGUUCAACACGUAUGUUUUCCUGGCAAAGCACCUUGAGGAAACAUACCGUAAGCCAAAGAAGGAUGACGAUGGUCACACCCCCUAGGCCCUAGCAAAGUGAAGUAUACACUGACAUAACAGAAACGUGAUCUUCGUAUAUGGUUAAGCAGUUUUGAUCUUCAAGAGCUGCGAACUCCGAUUUGCUCAUACUAGUGGCUAGCUGUGAAAUUUGUCGAUGGCGCUGUUUGUGGACCGUUAAGACACGCAUAUUAUGCUCAUUGUUGCCUAGAUGAACACUCCCGGUUGUUCAUUUUCCAAUUCUCGAUUUCCGAAAUAUUGAGCUGAAUAUUUUUUGUUCUUAUCAUUUCUAUGAAUUGCCAGGUAGCUCAA